AUCCAGAAACGCAGAGUUUAAAAGAACACCUCAUUGACGAGCUAGAUUACGUACUGGUUCCCACCGAAGCCUGGAAUAAACUAGUAACGUGGUAUGGCUGCAUAGAUGGACAGCAGCCUAUUGUGAGAAAAGUAGUGGAAUAUGGUCUGUUUGUGAAGCACUAUAAGGUUGAAGUUUAUCUUCUUGAGCUGAAGCUGUGUGAGAGCAGUGAUCCUGACAAUGUAAUUAGCUGCCACUUUAGCAAAGCAGAUACUGUUGCUAUCAUCGAGAAAGAAAUGAGAAAACUAUUUAAUAUCCCAGCUGAGAAGGAAACUAGGUUAUGGAACAGGUAUAUGAGUAACACUUAUGAGCAGCUCAGCAAGCUGGAUAGCACUGUGCAAGAUGCAGGGCUCUAUCAGGGUCAGGUUGUUCUAAUAGAAGUGAAAAGUGAAGAUGGCACGUGGCCUGGGCAGCAUUUCCUGGCAAAAUCAAGCACUGCAACUAGCAGAAACUUUACUACCUCUUCAAAAUCAUCAGCAAGUUCUUAUUCCUCAGUGUCUGCCACUUCUGUCAUUACUAACGGUGAUAGCAGUAACUCCUAUGGACUGAACAGCUCCCACCUGGGCAGGGGAGGUUCUGGAUUUGUCUGUAACUCUUACAACUGCAGGGACAGUGCUCCCCUGUUACAACCUGGACUCUGUGGACUCAGUAACCUUGGAAAUACCUGCUUCAUGAAUUCUGCAUUACAGUGUCUGAGCAAUACCCCUCCUCUGACUGACUAUUUCCUGGAAGAUAAAUAUGAAGCUGAAAUAAAUCAGAACAAUCCACUGGGGAUGAGAGGAGAAAUUGCAGAAGCCUAUGCAGAGCUCAUUAAACAGAUUUGGUCUGGGAGACAGUCUCAUGUGGCCCCACGUAUGUUUAAAACGCAGGUUGGCCGAUUUGCUCCUCAGUUUUCAGGAUACCAGCAGCAAGAUUCCCAGGAGCUCUUGGCUUUUCUUCUAGAUGGCUUGCACGAGGAUUUGAACAGAGUGAAGAAGAAGCCCUACUUGGAGCUGAAGGAUGCCAAUGGCAGACCUGAUUCGGAGGUGGCAAAAGAAGCCUGGGAGAAUCAUAGGCUGAGGAAUGAUUCUAUCAUUGUGGAUAUUUUUCAUGGUCUUUUCAAAUCUACCCUUGUUUGUCCCAAAUGCUCCAAAGUUUCUGUGACCUUUGAUCCCUUCUGUUACUUAACCCUUCCACUGCCCUUGAGGAGAGAUCGUCUCAUGGAAGUUACCCUGGUAUAUGCAGACCCCCAGCAUAGACCUGUCCAGUACCGGCUUGUGGUGCCGAUGAUGGGGGCCAUCUCGGAUCUGUGUGAAUCACUCUCCAAACUCUCUGGUGUUCCUGCAGAAAAUAUGGUGGUGACAGAUGUGUAUAAUCAUCGAUUCCACAAAAUCUUCCAAAUGGAUGAAGGUUUAAAUCAUAUCAUGCCAAAAGACGACAUCUUUGUAUACGAAGUUUGCAAGCCAAGUGAGGAUGGCUUGGAGUAUGUUACUCUCUCUGUUUACUUUCGGGAAAAGACAAUGAGGCAAUCCAGCAAUACUUCAGGGACCGUACUCUUUGGUCAGCCACUAUUAAUAUCUGUGCCGAAACACAAGCUCACUGUGGAUCACUUGUACAGUGUGGUUUUGGAGCAGAUCAGCCGCUAUGUGAAACUCCCUUUGGUGGAAGAAUACUCUACACCCUGCCCAGACAAAGGAACCUGCAAUGGCUCCAAUGGUGUGGUUGAAGGUGUCAUUGAAGAGAUGGAGCAUCAGGAUGGUGGACAGGAAGGCAAGGAAAAGCUGGCAGAAGUUGAUCCCUGCCACUCUGAGGGUUGUAUGCAGAUCGAGUCAGCAAGAGACCUGCAGCCUUGCAAGAAGCAGCAUUUCACUUUUAGCCUCGUGAAUUCUUCUGGGACCUCUGAGAUAAACUCCAUUGUCGAAGGAAAAAUCUUAAAACUGAAUGCUUUUUCUGCGCUUGCUAUUGACUGGGAUUCUGAUACACGGAGGCUACUUUUUGAUGAACAGGAGGCACAGGCGUUUGAAAAACAUGGAAGUACAUUACAGCCACAGAAGAAGAAAGCUGUGGUAGCCCUCAGAGACUGCAUAGAGCUCUUCACUACUAUGGAAACGCUUGGUGAACAUGACCCAUGGUACUGCCCUAACUGUAAGAAACAUCAACAGGCCACAAAGAAGUUUGACUUGUGGUCUUUGCCCAGGAUUUUGGUAGUGCAUUUAAAACGCUUCUCAUACAGCAGAUACUGGAGGGAUAAACUUGACACUGUUGUGGAAUUCCCUAUCAGGGGUUUAAACAUGUCUGAGUUUGUCUGCGACCCAAGAGCAGGCUCAUACGUGUAUGACCUCAUUGCAGUUUCCAAUCACUAUGGAGCCAUGGGAGUAGGCCACUACACCGCCUACGCCAAGAACAAAGUGAAUGACAAGUGGUACUACUUUGAUGACAGCAGUGUAUCCGUGGCUUCAGAAGACCAAAUAGUGACAAAAGCUGCGUAUGUGCUGUUUUAUCAGCGCCGAAACAGUGAGGAACAUACUGCCCCAUCUCCUCCCCAAGAAGAGUGUGAUGGCAUGGAUACCAACUAAACAUCACCUCCAGCACUUGGCCACCAUGUUAGCGGUCGCUCUUCUAAAGCCAUGCCUGAGGCAUCUGAAAAUUUUUCUUCCUUCUGUAGGAGUCAAGCAGAAAAUCUAGCACUGAAAGAUUCAGUGCUGGGGGUUGCAGAGUAGCACUGGAGAGCCAGGAAUAGGUGCUGACACUUGGGUAUUUAGAGGCCAAAAAUAAUAUAUAUCGGAGCUUCAAUAAAGUUCUUUUUAAAAUCUG